AUGGCUUCCUCUAAGCAGGACCAAGUAGCCCGCAACGUCGCAAAUCAUACGCUAUUCAAGAACAUGAGCGGCCGCACCGCUUUCUUCUACGGCACGCUCAUGGCCCCUCCAGUCCUCUAUCGCGUCAUCUACGGCACCACGAACCCAGAACCCUGGCAAAAAGCCCUGAUCACAGUCCGUCCAGCCCUCCUCAAAAACUAUCGCAGACACAAAGUCAAAUACGCAGACUAUCCCGCCAUCAUGCCGCACUCUGCCACUUCCGCCGUCCGAGGCUCCCUCGUCACAGGCCUGCUAGACGAAGAUAUCCGGCGCCUGGAUAUCUUUGAAGGAGACCAGUAUACGAGGGAGAAAGUGGGUGUCUUGCUACUGAAAGAUACUGCGCUGGAUCAAGCGAUUGAUGAAGAGAGGUUGGAUGAGUUUGUUGAGGGAGAGGUAGAGGCUGAGACGUACGUUUGGAGUGAUAGUCCUGAGGCGUUAGAAGGGGAAGAAUGGGAUUUCGAGGAAUUUCGGAGGGAGAAGAUGUGGGCUUGGGUUGGGGAGUCGAGAGCAGGAGGGGGAACUGAAGUGAAUGUAGAAGUGGAUCAGGGUUUUGCGGAUGUGGAUCGAGAUGUUGCUGAUCGGAAGCAGGAAGAGCAGGGACGACGUGAUCCUACUGGUGGGAGAGGUGUGAAUGGACGUAUUACGAGGGAGUUGGAGACUGCGCAAGAGAAGAAAACAAAAGAUAUGGAAGAGGCUGCUGUAUGA